UUAUGGCACUUUCGCAAGCGAACAUUUAUAUGCCGAUCUGCCCGAUGUGACACGGUUUCCCUGAACUUAAUUGAGUGACCGCAACUGGUGCUUUUCUGUUCGGACUUCGUCAAGUGUGAAAUGUUUACGUUAGACGGGACGCACGACACAAGGAGUGAGAGCCCAGUCACGAACAAAACUAACGCUGCGCUUGCGACGACGACGUAUUGAGUCGUCGUACACAAUGUCAAAAAGAAAGCUAGUGACAUGUGUGUGGGCGAGUGCGCUUUACCAUCAAAAGCUUACAGGGGAGUUGAGGUAGCACAACAUCCUUACUCAGAUUCUAGAAACGAGCACAAAAUUUUGUGCUCGUUCCUAGCUUCUAGGUAUGCGCCAACUUUCCCAACAGCGCACAUUACUAAGAUGAAUUUCUCAUAGAGUGGGCCGUGUUAUUUGUUCUUCUACGCCAAUGCCUCAGCCCUCGCUUCUUGUCAGUGAGCACUGUCCUGUGUCCUCGCACGUAAAUUUUGUGCUCAUUCCUAGCCUCUAACGAACUCGUCGAACAACGCACAUUACUAAGCUCCUUAAUUACAUUCGCACUAGACCGACUUAUCCGUAUUUGGAAGCAGUGAUGGGGCUCCUCAGGUUUCACUUCCAUACCUUAUUUACUGUCUGCAGGUAAAUUCCUUUUGAAAUAGAUUUCGCUUCGAAAAAAAGAAAACGCACUUCGUCUAGUCCAGCAUGGGAUUUUGUUUGCCGGAAACCGCUAGAUGGAAAGAGCGUUGCGCUUGCGAGCAUUACUGUGAUGCACAAUUCAUUCAUUGUUUUGCCAUAACUGGGGCCUUUUGUGUUGACUCUGCUUGGCCGGAGCCUGCAGGUCACUGGAGAACCUACUGAUUCACUGUUUGACUCUGCGAUAUCCAUAUAACCAGAACACACCAUUGAUUGAAGACGUUUCUGACAUGGCCAUUGCAAGGCCACCAGGGUUGGACUUCGAUUACAACUGGCCAGAGAGUGCGGAAUGCCUUACGCUGGACUUUGGACCCUUUGAGACUGUGCACCGAUGGCGUCAGAUGCCACACUGUGACGAAUUUGUGGGAGCAAGGAGGAGCAAACAUACAGUCGUGGCAUACAAAGACGCAAUUUAUGUCUUUGGUGGUGACAACGGGAAGCAGAUGCUGAAUGAUUUGUUACGCUUCGAUGUUCGGGACAAGUCAUGGGGAAGGGCUUUCACAACUGGAAAUCCGCCCGCUCCACGUUACCAUCAUUCUGCUGUAGUUCACGAGAAGAGCAUGUUUGUGUUUGGGGGCUACACUGGGGACAUCCACUCUAAUUCAAACCUGGCCAACAAGAAUGACCUGUUUGAAUAUAAUUUCACAACUGGUCAGUGGACUGAAUGGAAGUUUGAAGGCCGUAUGCCAGUGCCUCGGUCUGCCCAUGGAGCAGCAGUGUAUGAUAAUCGCCUCUGGAUCUUUGCUGGCUAUGAUGGCAAUGCACGGCUAAACGACAUGUGGUGCGUCUCCUUGCUAGGUGACUCAAGGACAUGGGAGGAAGUACCACAACGAGGUGACUGUCCACCAACAUGCUGCAACUUCCCAGUAGCUGUGGCUCGCGACAGCAUGUUUGUCUUCUCUGGCCAGAGUGGUGCAAAGAUCACCAAUAGCCUUUUCCAGUUCCACUUCAAGGACAAGUACUGGAGCAGAAUCUCUACUGAGCACAUCCUAAGGGGUGCACCGGCUCCGCCCACACGACGGUAUGGGCACACCAUGGUUGCCUUUGACCGACACCUGUAUGUUUUUGGAGGAACUGCAGACAGCACUCUACCAAAUGAUCUGCAUUGCUUUGACCUGGAUUCUCAGACAUGGUCCAUUAUUCAACCAUCCCCAGAUAGCGAGGUUCCAUCGGGGCGUCUAUUUCAUGCGGCUGCUGUGGUUGGGGAGGCCCAGUACAUAUUUGGUGGAACUGUGGACAACAAUGUGCGAAGCCGCGAGAUGUUUCGCUUUCAGUUCUCCUGUUACCCAAAGUGUACGCUGCACGACGACUUUGGCCGCCUGCUCGAGACGCAGCAGUUCUGCGAUGUCCAGUUCCUUGUGGGUCUGGAGGAAGUGUCCAUUCUGGCACAUGUGGCUUUUGUGGCUGCCCGGUCAACUUGGCUUCGGGACAAAAUUAGCAAGGCACGAGAGGCGCAAGUGAUAAUUGAGGCUGAGGCUACUUUUGAUGGUGGGGGAAGUGUAUACCCAACUGCAGCUGCGCUUCAGGUGCGCCUCCCAGAUGCCGUGCCCGAGGCAUUUGAACUUGUGCUCACAUACAUCUACACCGAUCGCAUUGAUCCUACCAAAAAAAGUCGAGACCCUAUGAGUGACCGCAUUGUUCUUCUUAUGAUGGAUGUCUAUAGGCUGGCUGUGCAGUUCCACAUGAGGCGCUUGGAGCACCUGUGUGUCCAGUAUCUCGAGGCAGCCAUCAACCAUCGCAAUGUCCUUGUUGCCCUGCAAAAUGCCUCUGACUUGCGUCUAGACUUUAUCAAGGAGUUCUGCCUGAAGUUUAUUGUGAAGGAGAGCACCUACAACCAGAUUGUGAUGAGCAAGGAGUUUGAGACAAUUGCACAGCCACUCAUGGUAGAGAUCAUCCGACGCCGACAGAUGCCAGCUGUACGCUCACUGCUUGAGCCAAUGUUUGACUAUGCUGGCACGACACUGGAGCAAGACAUGGAGACCUUCCUGAAGGAGACGGGUCGGGAGUUUUGUGACAUUACGCUGUUGCUUGACGGACACCCGAUCCCUGCUCACAAGUCAGUGCUUGUGGCUCGUUGCAGCUACUUCGAAGCCAUGUUCCGGUCCUUUAUGCCAGACCACAACACUGUGAAUAUUGCCAUUGGUGAGAUGAUUCCAUCCCUACAGUCCUUCAACACCUUAUUGAGGUAUAUCUACUAUGGUGACAUUAGUAUGCCUCCUGAAGAUUCUUUGUACCUUUUCUCUGCACCUUACUUUUAUGGCUUUACUAAUAAUCGCCUACAAGCUUUCUGCAAGGAGAACCUGGAGAUGAAUGUAACAUUUGAAAAUGUUAUUCAGAUUCUGGAAGCAGCUGACAGGAUCCAAGCUACAGACAUGAAAAAGCAUGCCCUUAGCCUCAUUGUGCAUCAUUAUCCAAAGGUUGCAAGACUGCCAAAGAUACGGAGCCUUAGCAAAGAUCUCCUCCUUGACAUCCUAGAAGCGUUGGCGGAUGACAUGAGUGAUUCCAAGCUGUGUCAGGAUGUGUCAUCAGCGAGUCUAUGCAGUGAUUCUGCAGGAUCUGCCAGCUUGGUGCUAGAUCCAAGCCCUUACCACGAGAGUGGCUGCAAAUGAUCCUUGGUUCAAACUGUCCGGUACAAAUGUAUGCCUGAGCUUGUAGUGGUUGCAAGUUUUUCACCAACAUCAUGUGCCAUUAAGGUCUGGGAAGACUGGUAACAAGUGAAAUCUCACUGUCUACUCGUAAUUCUGUUUUAUGACGAGCUUGCCAACUAGCAAAUGGCCCAAGCUGCUUUCGCACAGUAUAGGUUGACGCCUUAGCAGAUGGCAACAGCAAAUGCAUCCUCUCCACAGCUGUUGCUGCAGAUUCAGAGACCAACUAGAAUCGACCACAGCCAUUUAUGUGCACCACAUCUCACUGUUGUAACCUGAACAUGUCACCAGCUAGACUGUGCAGCAGUUCACUGAGAUACAGAAAUCUUGUGCUUGUCACUCUAGUGUUGGGCUUACAAGACCAAUUGAUCCAUCUGUCAAAUGCUUUUACAGAAAGCACAACAUGGCAUGGUAGCGAGGCCUCACACAUCUCUCUCUUCGUGUCCCACUUUCAGUAGCACCACUACAAACUAAGCCUGUGGUCUGGGUAUGACACCACCUGCUAUUCAAUCUUAACCAAAGCUACAUCUGCAAGAGAGCAAACAAGCUGUCCUAUGGUACUUACAAGAAAUGUGUGCCAAACAGGUGAGAACAUCAGGGUGGACCUGAAAGAACUAAAAUUGAAAGGUCUGUGUAUCUUAUCAAUAGUGUAACAUGAACAUUAUUUUGGAGGGUGUUUUGGGCCUGCACUUUGUUGAGAGUUCUCAGCCUACUUCUUGUAGGUGUGCCAUAGGAAUCAACAGAAUUUCGAGGUAGUGUGCCGACACCAAGCUACCAUCAUCUUUGUCAGUUCACCGUGUACUCCUGGUCUCCAUUACGUACACGUCUGGAAUGCAUUUCUACAGCUGGCUGGUUGUUGCCAACUGUUGGACCUAUUGGCCACCAUGUUUGUUAAUAAAAGACAACUUUCUACCAGCUACAAAUUAA